UUGAUUUUUUUUAUUAUUGUUAGACAGAAUUUAUAUUUGGGAAAUUGAAAAAGAGAAAAGAGAAAUGGGUUUAUAAAUUGGAAAAUUGUUAUUAAUGAAUAAUUGAGAAAAAGAAAAGGGGGAAAAUAAAAUUGGGCAAAAACCGAUGGUUUGUAGGAUUAGUCGUCGUUUUUGAAUUCUGUCAUUGGAACUGUGUGUAUUUUUAUUGUUUUUAAAUUCGUAGUUUAACUGGUUGUUAGUGUAUAGUGUGUCACAUCAGCAGGUGGGAUCAGAGUAAAGAUAGGCUACGUCUUAGGCCUAGGUAUUCUUCUCUUGUCACAUCAUCUACGCAUCACCAUUGGUCCGAUUUCUGAUUACCUCUUUCUUUUUUUGAUCAUCUCUUCCUUUAAACCCCUCAAAAAAUAAACUCAUUAAAAUUCUGUUAACUUCAUUUGGCUAGAGGGAUUGUGGUUUACUAGCUGUGUUUUUCAUUGUUAAAGUGGAAGUUUUUUUUUUAUUAUUAUUAUAUAAAUAAAUAAUUUAAUUUUGAGUUGUUUAAGGAGUGAUGAUUUUUUAUUUUUAUUUAUUAGAGUAUCUUUAUGUUUAAUUUUUGAAAUUUUGAUCUUCAAUGAAAUUAACGAAGAAGAAACAAGGUGUGGGGACUUGGUGCUAUUAUUAUUAUUAUUAUUUUAUUAGUGGGGUUUAGACUUAGAAGUUAGAACCAUUUCAAAGUUUGGAUUUUUUUUUCUUGUAACUUUGUCUCAAAUGGGAAGAACCAAUAAUGUUGCCUUUGGGAAGAAAAAUAGUAUAAUUUAUGUUUCAAAUGGGGAUAUUCCAAACCUAAAAUUUUUGUUAGAUCUAAAUAAUUCAAUUAUACAUCUUUGAAAGUAACAACAGAUCUCUUCCUUUCGAAAAAGCAAGUCCGAUGACCGGCGUUUCUACAUAUUUACUGCUACAAAAACCCUUCAUUUGAGAACUGAUUCAAAGAGUGAUAGGGAGGCUUGGAUAGAAGCUUUGUUUUCAAGUACUCGAAGUUCAUUUCCCAUUAGAACGGUACUUAACGAUAACCUCUCCAUUGUGCCUAAUGAUCUCUCAGUAUCGACCGAGAAGCUUAAGAAACGAUUAAUUGAAGAAGGAGUUGGGGAGAGUCUCGUAAAGGAUUGUGAGAAAAUCAUGCUCUCUGAGUUCUCUGAUAUACAAUCUCAUCUCAGCGUUGUUUGUGAAGAACGAUCCAAUUUACUGGACACCUUGAGGCAGUUAGAGGCUGCUAAUAUUACUGAAACAUCUGGAAUUAAUGAUGGCGAGUACCAAUUGACAAAACAUGACUUUUCCAGUUUAGGACGUGGAAAAUAUAGUGAAUGCAGCACGACUGAGUCUGAUGAUAUUGAGAAACAAGAGCUUGAAGAGGUGUCUGAAGAGGAUGAAUUAUCCUUCUAUGAUUCAAAAGAGUACUUUACAGAACCAACCACUGGUAUAGGGACUAUAAAGGGAGCUUCGAAUAACAUGGAUAAACAUGGGAAGAUGCAGAGUCAGAAAGAAGUUGUGGAUUCUAAAUACACUUAUGUUGAAAGGCGAAAAAAGCUUCCUGAUCCGGUGGAGAAGGAGAAAGGAGUCAGUCUAUGGUCUAUGAUCAAAGACAAUGUUGGAAAGGAUCUUACAAGAGUUUGUCUCCCUGUUUACUUCAAUGAACCAAUUUCAUCGCUCCAGAAAUGUUGUGAAGAUAUGGAAUACUCUUAUCUUUUGGACCGGGCAUACGAACAUGGAAGAGCUGGGGACAGCAUCCAAAGGGCUCUGAAUGUUGCUGCAUUCGCAGUGUCUGCAUAUGCUUCGUCUGAAGGUCGGCAUUGCAAGCCUUUCAAUCCUUUGUUAGGGGAAACUUAUGAAGCUGACUUUCCUGAUAAAGGAAUUCGCUUCUUCUCUGAGAAGGUGAGUCACCACCCAACACUGAUUGCCUGUCACUGUGAAGGUAGAGGUUGGAAAUUCUGGGGUGACAGUAACCUCCGCACAAAAUUUUGGGGAAGGUCAAUUCAGCUGGACCCUGUUGGACUUCUGACAGUAGAAUUUGAUGAUGGUGAAGUUUUCCAGUGGAGCAAGGUAACAACAACUAUAUACAACCUUAUCCUUGGAAAAGUGUAUUGCGACCAUCAUGGAAUCAUGCACAUCAGUGGUAAUCGCCAGUUAUCCUGUAAACUCAAGUUUAAGGAGCAGACUAUUCUUGACCGAAAUCCUCACCAGGUUCAUGGAUUUGUUGAAGAUGUUAUGGGGAAAAAAGUUGCUACAAUAUUUGGAAAGUGGGAUGAAAGCAUGUAUUAUGUCAAUGGUGACAGGGGCAACAAUAUGAAAGAUUGUAGUUCCUCUUCGGAUGCAUCAUUAUUGUGGAAAAGGACUAUGCCACCGGUUAAUCUCACUCGAUACAACUUAACUUCAUUUGCAAUCACUUUGAACGAGCUAACGGAAGGUUUGCAGGAGAAGCUUCCACCUACGGAUUCCAGGCUUAGACCAGACCAACGGCAUUUGGAGAAUGGAGAAUAUGAGAAGGCAAAUGCUGAGAAACAACGUUUAGAGAAAAGGCAAAGAAUGUCAAGGAAAUUACAAGAAAGUGGGUGGAAACCAAAAUGGUUCGAAAGAGAAGGUGAAGAUGGACCUUUCCGCUACAUGGGUGGCUAUUGGGAGGCACGCGAGCGAGGAAAAUGGGAUGAAUGUCCCAACAUAUUUGGUGAAUUUGAUGAAGCUCUUGCUGAGAGCCCUUAAAAAAACCUACUUAACUAGAACAAGAAGUCAUAUCAUGACACUCAUGAUCAUUCAGGCUAGGGGCUGCAUUGCCUUUCACAAUUAGUAUUGAGUAAAGAAAAGCUCUAAAGAUUAAAACCUAUUCCGGUUGUUUUUUUUUUUUUUUAAUUUUUAUUUCCUGAAUCGGUCCUUCCGAUCGGAGAAUUUGAAAUGAAAUGAGAAAGAGAAUGCGAAUGCGAAUGAAUGCACUUGACAGAAAGAGGAAAAAAAGAAAAAGAAAAAACUGACCUUAAAGUGGGAAUAUAAACAAGUAUUCAUUUUCUUCCUCUAACUACUAGAAGUUGAUCAAGUUAGAUUAUAGUCUAAUAUAUUCUUUGUAACAACUUCAAAGAUUGUUAGAUUAUAGUCUAACAUAAUUAUCCAUGUAAUAACACCCUAUAUCAGUGUAUGAUGUACGAGUGUUAUCAGCUAGCUUAUCAUGUAAUGUAAUUCUCUUCUUCCUCCACCUCCACUUUUUUUUUUCUUUAUUUUCUUUCCAAUAUAUUUUUUCUUGAUCUGUGCUGCUGGCCCUUGUAAGUUCAGAAAGCAUUGAUUUUAGUUUCACAUUUAUUUGUACGUUCUCUCUCUCUUUCUCACUAUUGGAAUAAAAGAAGAAAUAUGUAUUCGUAUAA